AAAAAAAGAGCUGAUACUUGUAAAGAUGGCGCUGGCUAAUCUGCUGAAGAGUGAGUGUGCGGAUUUUGAACAGCCUUUUUCAUUCGGCUGUGGAUUCAACGACACUAAUCUCGGCUUCGGUGAACCUUCAGGUGACCGUCUUAAUUUCGCCGUGAAACCUUUUGAAGGAGAAGAAGAUGGAAUUGAGAGACAAAUCGAGUUUCUUCACGGGACAACAACCUUAGCGUUCAAAUUUCAGCACGGUGUCAUCGUAGCGGUGGACUCCCGAGCAACAGCUGGUUCGUAUAUUGCGUCUCAGACAGUGAAGAAGGUCAUCGAGAUCAACCCGUACCUGCUGGGCACCAUGGCAGGUGGAGCCGCCGACUGCAGUUUCUGGGAGCGCCUUCUGGCGAGGCAGUGCCGCAUCUACGAGCUGCGCAACAAAGAGCGCAUUUCGGUAGCGGCUGCCUCCAAGCUGUUGGCUAACAUGGUGUACCAGUACAAAGGAAUGGGUCUGAGCAUGGGCACCAUGGUCUGUGGCUGGGACAAGAGGGGGCCAGGGCUCUACUACGUGGAUUCUGAAGGGAACCGGGUAUGCGGCGAUAUGUUUGCUGUAGGCUCAGGUUCAAUGUACGCCUACGGAGUCCUCGACAGUGGCCAUCGCAGUGAUUUGACCAUCGAGGAGGCCUGCGAACUCGGCCGCCGCGCCAUCUACCAAGCCACUUACCGUGAUGCCUACAGCGGUGGUCAAGUCAACCUUUACCGUGUACACAGUGAAGGAUGGGAGAGGGUCUCGGAAGACAAUGUACUUGAUCUCCAUUACCAAUACAAGAGUCAGAAGGCCUAGAGAGAUGAAUGGGUCUUGGAGGGUGGGAUAGUGACAGAGGAAAGUAUAAUGUUCUGAGGGUUUCAGGGUUCAGUUAAGAGACUAAGUUGGAGGAACAUUUUGUCCUAAAAAGUCCAAGUUAGAACAUUAUGGUGAUUUCUUUCUUGUAACACAGUCGUGACGUAUUCUUUCACAGUGUUUUGACCUUAGAAAGUUAUGUGAAUUUGUGCGCUCUCUUUCUCUGUAACCCAUUUUACAUUUACCACAGUCUCAUUUGUUUUUGUUUUUUUUCCAAUAUAGUUACAUGUUUGCGCUAGCUAGCUUUGUCAGUGCAUUAAUUCACUUCUCACUACAUACAUAACUCUCAAGAACACAUUAAACUCUGGGAUUGUU